UCUCUGCCCCCUCUUUUGUCCUUUUCCUUUCUCAACAUUGCUUUCUUCACUCAGCCAUGGCUGAAACUCACUGACACUCUUCACAAUAACCCUUAAUUAAUUCUUCAUAAACUUUCAACUCCAUCUUCGAAAUUGCCUCUCACUUUCCCUCUUCCAUCCAUUUAUAAACAUCCCCAUCACUCCCACUCAAUUCACUCACUUCAAUUCAUUUCUCCUCUGUUCUUCUUCAAGCUGUUUCAAUGGCGGCGCCCACUCUCUCAUUUCCCCCUUUUCCUCUUAAUCGAGAAGCACCCACCAGAAUGCUCAAGGAUUUUCUUCACGAGACCAAUCCAAAUGGACUCGCAUCUCCUAAACCAAAACCCACGUCGUUUAAAGCUCUCGCUUUCCACGCCGUCGUCGCCGCCGUUAAGAGGAUCUCACUUCCGUCUGUGAAAUCGCCCAGGAUCUUCCCCAGAAGCCUCUCGCGGAGGCUCUUGAAGAAAACAGAGAGAGAUGAGAGAGAAACCGGAGGCGAUUUUGUUGUUAAGAUUAAGGACAUUAUUCGAUGGAAAUCGUUUAGAGACUUGAUCGACGAGACGACGGCGGCGGCUCCACCGCUUGAUUUCGCCGAAUCGCCGGAUCGUUACACUUACACGGCAGCCGCGACGACUACGACUACGACGACGACGACGACGACGACGAGUAGUAGUAAGAGUUCGAGCUGGUGUGAGAGCGAUUUCACGGCGGAGGAUUUGGCGUCGCCGUCGUGGAGAGAUUGGUCCGACGACGGUACAAUGGGGAAAAUGUACUUCCCAUGUGUCGGUGAAGAUUCGAACGAAACGACAGCCGCAUACGCACAAAACGACGAAGAGGUAAAUGCAUUAUUGAUACGAGAGGAUAAUGAAGAACAAGAGGUACUAGAUGAAAGUACACGACGACUUUUAGAGCAAGUUAAAGGAGCAAUUUCAUUAUCAAAAAGUUGUAGAUUAGUAGAGCGUUGUGGGUUGGAUUGGUUGAUUCGAGAAUUGUUUCGACGUGAACUUGCGGAUGUUCAGGACGUUGACGAACGAGUGAGAAACGAUGAUCGAAGAAUUAGGGUGAAGAAUGGCAAAGAUGAUGAAUAUGUGUGUGAUUGGUUUUUGUCUCACAAAGGGAAGGAAAGUUAUGUGAGAGAAAUGGAGAGGGAAGGGAAAUGGGAGAUUUUUGGUGUUGAUGAGAAAAUUGAAUUAGGGUUAGAAAUUGAAGGAGAGAUUUUGGGAUGUUUGGUUGAUGAAAUUCUACUUGACAUUUUUUCAUUAUGAAUAGAAAAUAUUUCUUUCGUUUUUUGUUAGAUUAA